CACAGCAGUAUGUACGCCACAUCAUUUCCAUCAUAAAAUAUCUCUUUGUCACUACAUUUCCGAAAGAUGAUCGAGGAGGAGGAAUGGUCGAAGGAGCAGGAAGCCAAUCGCAAGCCUGGCCAGAAGCACCCGACGCCGUCGCCGGGCUUUGCGGACCGCGUCUUCUACGAGAGCCUGCUACAGCAGCGACCGGACAGUCGCAUGGCGCAGAAGUGGUGCCUCGAGUACGGCGUGCUCAAGUGGGCGGAGGCUGAGGCGUUGUGCAAAAAGCUGGGAGUCAGCACUAACGUGACGCGACCAGCCAAGUCUCCCAAGAUCAAGAAGCAGAAGAGCAGCACGUCGUCUGCCAUUCGUCGUGCGCUCGACGAGUCAGCAGCGGCAGAGGCGAUGGAGAUCACUAGCGGUGGAUUCGAAGGCGUCGGCCUUGGAGCUCUCUAGUGACAGAAGGUGGACGAGUAAUAUAUGAAGAGAGUGAGUGCUAAGACGCAGUUUCGAUCCAUAACGGCGUUUAAUGAGCGUUGACUGAGAUAACAAAGGGCCUUAUUCGAGCCUGUGCGCAGUCAAGAGCGACUGACCAACGAGUGACGGCGUCGCUGACGCUAGCUCCACGGAAACUAGCGAACCCAUGGGUAUGCCAGUACGACUAAGACAACGUCGAGGGCGGCGACGCGCUCUUCGAAUGGAGUUUUUUCACGUGAUCGCCAUGGCCAAGUUGUACCUGUAUCGGGGGAAUUUUCCGUCGGUGGUCAAUUGCGAAAGCGGGUGACAAUCCAGCAAACACAUUUGCCAUGACGGUGUGCCAUCCUUGACCGUUCUGUCAGUGUUGUUUGUUGCGUGGCGGCCUAUCGACUGGCGACAAGACCACGCCGUUUCUUUUGUCGAAAUGAAGCGGGUUGUUGCACAGGCUGAACUCUGUCAGGCCUGCUUUCUUGUGCAUCGCAGGCAGGCAGUGCAGUAGCAAUGGGGUCUGUUAUCGAUCUGAACGCUGCUUGCCUAUUAUUCUCGAGCACCUGAAGCCACUGGGUACCAUCUGGAGGGAACCUCCCACUGCUGCCUUUUUCACGCAUACAGUUCGUCACGAUAGACUUGUUCCGUCAUGGUUGACCUGCCGCCCGAGAUUGUCGCGAUGCUACGUCUCCCCAAAGGCCGGUAUCCCACGAAUCAGCUAUGUCGGUUAUAGAUAUCGCUUGGCGCCACACCCCACGGUAUUGCAGCGAUCAAACAAAGCGUCUUCUCAAAGGACAGGCCUCUCGCUGCUAAUCGCCAUCCAAAAGCUCCGUCAUGUUGAAGUGUCCUUUGGGUAGUCGAGUGGUACGCACUUACCACAACUGACUAUUCCAGCGUUUCAGUCACACACUUACACACCGGGUCUGUCCGAUUUCGAAAAGUCCAGUGUAAUCGGUGACGUGCAGACCCCUUGUAGUCUACAGUUUAGACCCCUUCCCCAACGCAAAUUAGACCGCUUCCGGCGGGUUUGACAAGAGAGCGCUCCACCCGGCAGCAUUUCAGUGCGACGACAUGGCGGUCGCCGUUGCGCGCAAGUUCCGUCGAAAAACGGGAACGCUAAAACCGUCGCGUGAGUCACUCAUUUAGGGCACAGUUUGCAGGACAAACCAGGUUGCAAGGCACUGGAAAGACGCAAAAUAAUGGAAAAAGUAGCCGUACGACGCAUUCGGUUACCUCUCGCCGCUAUGCUGGCCACGUCAAACGUAGUUCUUCUUCCACCACUGGGUCCUUCCAGUGCAUGUCGCCACCGUUCUUAGCCCCUCCACAAAUUCUGGACAAGUGGC